AUGACCAGUCCUCAGCCUAAAAUAGAAGGCGGUGUUUCAGAAGUUGAGAUAAUUUCACAACAAGUGGAAGAAGAAACCAAAAGCAUUGCUCCUGUACAGCUUGUUAAUUUUGCUUAUCGAGAUCUACCUUUAGCUGCACUUGAUCUGUCUGUUGCUGGGUCCCAGCUUUUGUCAAAUUUGGACGAGGAGUACCAAAAAGAAGGAUCUAACUGGCUAAAACCCUGCUGUGGGAGACGAGCAGCUGUGUGGCAGGUAUUUUUGCUCAGUGCAAGUCUCAACAGUUUCCUGGUAGCCUGUGUAGUAUUGGUGGUGAUUCUUCUGACUCUGGAACUCCUAAUAGAUAUAAAGCUUCUCCAGUUUUCAAGUGCUUCACAGUUUGCAGGAGUAAUUCACUGGAUCAGCCUAGUCAUCCUGUCUGUGUUCUUUUCAGAGACUAUUUUGAGGAUUGUGGUCCUUGGCAUAUGGGAUUACAUUGAAAACAAAAUAGAGGUGUUUGAUGGUGCUGUCAUAAUCUUGUCCUUGGCACCAAUGGUGGCUUCAACAGUGGCUAAUGGCCCCAGCAGCCCAUGGGAUGCUAUCAGCCUUAUUAUCACACUACGAAUAUGGAGAGUGAAGAGGAUCAUUGAUGCCUAUGUCCUUCCGGUGAAAGUGGAGAUGGAGAUGAUGAUUCAGCAAUACGAGAAGGCAAAGGUUAUUCAAGAUGAGCAGCUGGAAAGACUAACCCAGAUCUGCCAAGAACAAGGGUUUGAAAUCAGGCAACUGAGGGCCCACCUUGCUCAGCAGGAUUUGGACCUGGCUGCAGAGAGAGAGGCUGCACUGCAGGUCCCACAUGUGCUGAACAAACAAAGCAGCAACAGGUACAAGGUGGUAGCAACUGAAGAUUCAGAUGAUGAAGCCACUGAAAACAUCACUGAAUUGCGACCUCCACGAGGUGAAAUAACAUUGAAAGAUGACAUGAAUAAUUACAUCACUCGAUACUACAAUGAGCCUAGCAGUGACAGCGGCGUCCCCGAGGCAGCCAUCUGUGUGGUCACCACCGCCGCCAUUGAUGUCCAUCGCCCCAACAUCUCCUCCGACCUCUUCACAGUUGAGGUGCCGCUGCGCCUGGGCAGCACCGGCACAUCCGCCAGCAUCACGUCGGGCAGCGCCUCGCACUCCACCGUCAGCUCGGGCACACAGGCCUGCAGCGAGAGCAGUCAGACACUGGGCUCCUCCCCGGACUGCAGCACGGCCUGCGAGGACACGGCCGAGGCCGGCGCCGGUCCCAGGGCUGACCUCAUGCCCAGCCGGCAGCGGGUGGCCCAGGCCAUGGUGCAGGAGUUGCUGUCGUCCCUGUCAGAAGAGGCCUGCCUGGCGCAGAAGGGGCUGGAUCCCAUCAACCUGAAGUUGCCCAGCCCAGCAAGCUCGGUGGGGGCCAGUCCUGACCUGGGCCACCAGCUCAGCGUCUACAACCACAGGAACCAGGAGAGCCUUGACGUCUUCCAGCUCAAGCCACUCAUUGACUGCCCCCAGCCUGCCCCGCUGAUCGAUGACAAGUACGGGGCACUGGGGCCCCACGAGCCACGGCUGGGCAGGGUUCCUGAGGCAUAG